AUGAAUCUAGGAAUACUAUCGUCCACACGGUGCCUGGCGAUCGCUUUUCAGCAAGAAUUCGCCCUAGCGGUGCGCACUUUCAACAUAUACGACGUUUUUAAAUCCUUCCUUAAUGUCAACGUUGCAAACACGACCAACCCGUACUUAAGUCAGGCGCUGAAAAAGUGUUUGUUGCUGGGUCACAUAGAGCCCUUUGUCAUUCUUAUUGGUGGUGAUGAAGUCUCACUUCGCACAUUAAAAUGUUGCUGGAUGCGGGCUCAGUUGCAACCUCCUCCUGGAUUCCGAAUUGAAUCAAUAGGCCCCUUUCUCUCAGUGGCCAUGGGAACUUGGAUUCUUUCUGUGCUUAGGCAAGAGUUUGAUACUUGUGGUGGAAACUUUCGUGUACCUAUUGGCAUCAACUGA